CAUCAUGAACCUCACCCUCCAGCCCUUUGUUGUUGUUCUCACGCUAACAUGCGAGAUCCGUAGACCCGACUCAACUGCGCGGUCACAUCCCGCCCCGACUUCCCCUCUGCCAGCGGCCUGGUGGUUUGAGAUGAGUAGAAGAUGUCGGUUUCGGGGCUGAAGGCCGAAUUGAAGUUUCUGGAGUCAAUUUUCGACCCCAACCACGAACGAUUCAGAAUAAUAGACUGGAAACCGGACGAACUCAGUUGCCAAUUCAACGUAACGGGGGAGAAGCUGCUGAUCAUUCACUGCAACAUCACGGAAUCCUAUCCCUCAACGCCCCCAAUAUGGUUUGUUGACUCUGAUGAUCCGAGUCUGGCUGAAGUGUUGGAGCGUUUAGAGGAUGUGAGAAAAGGCAGCACAUUGCUUCUUCAGCAGUUGAAGCACCUCAUUUGUGAUCUCUGUCGCCUUUACAACCUGCCACAACAUCCAGAUGUAGAAAUGCUCGACCAGCCUCUACCUGCUGGCCCGAUUACCCAAGAGCGAAAGCACGGGCCACCGGAUGAGGUGACAUCUGAAGAGGAAGAGGAGGAAGAAAUGGGAGAGCAGGACAUUGACCUGGACCAAGACCUGGACCAUUACGACAUGAAAGAAGAGGAGCCAGCAGAUGGAAAAAAGUCAGAAGAUGACGGGAUAGAAAAAGAAAAUUUGGCCAUCCUGGAGAAGAUUCGUAAAAACCAGAGACAGGAUCACUUGAAUGGUGCAGUAUCUGGCUCUGUGCAAGCCUCAGACCGCCUAAUGAAGGAACUCAGGGAGAUCUACAGAUCACAGAGUUACAAGACGGGUAUUUAUUCAGUCGAACUAGUCAGUGACAGCCUUUAUGAAUGGCACGUCAAGUUAAGGACGGUAGACCCAGAUAGUCCAUUACAUAGUGACUUGCAGGUCUUAAAAGAAAAAGAAGGAGUGGACUACAUUCUGCUCAAUUUCUCUUAUAAAGAUAAUUUUCCUUUUGACCCACCUUUUGUACGGGUUGUCUCACCUGUGCUCUCCGGAGGUUACGUUCUAGGAGGAGGAGCCUUGUGCAUGGAGCUUCUCACAAAACAGGGCUGGAGCAGUGCCUAUUCCAUAGAGUCUGUCAUUAUGCAGAUAAAUGCAACUCUGGUCAAAGGAAAAGCCAGGGUGCAGUUUGGAGCCAAUAAGAACCAGUACAAUCUUGCCAGAGCACAACAGUCGUACAAAUCCCUUGUGCAGAUUCAUGAAAAGAAUGGCUGGUACACACCACCUAAGGAGGACGGAUAAGGAGCGACUACCACUAUGCACUGAGAACAUGUCUUUGGGUCAAAGUAUCUUGUUUUCUUUGGAAUAUUCCCCCCCACCCCUCUGACUUAACUUGGGGAUAUAUCAUCUUUAUCGCGGAAACCAUCUCGCUGGCUCAUCUGACAAGUAUUCCUUCUUUGCCCCGCUCCAGGAAAGACUUUUAUUCUGGUAUCAGUUGGCUUCUCCCCUCUGUGUUUUAGUGAGGAGGAUGAUGAUGAUGAUGAUGACGAUGAUGUGAGGGUAUCACUAGUCCUGUUUUUCUAAAUAUGCUCAUUUGUCUUUAAAAAAAAAAACUUUUCCUCUCUUUUUUAUGUGGGGAAAUGCUUUUUCUUUAGCUGCUUUGACAAAGUGGGCUUCACAAACAGUCAGUUACUCCUCUUUAAAUGGGAAUUUUAAAAAAAGAUUGAUACUGAAGCUUUUGAAGUGGCACCUCACUGCACCUGUUUUUAUUGUUUUUGUUUUCUCACUUUCUUUUGGAAAAUAACUGGUACAUAAAUGCAAAUAUUGUUUUAGAAAUAUUAUCUGGCAAUUGUUUUUAUUAUUUGAGCAUACUAGACAAUAAAUGAGCCAAUUUUCAUAUUAUGGAAGCUUAUCUUUAAAUUGAGACGACCUACUACUCGGCAUCUUUUAUCCCUUUCUGAAAUGUGUGAAGGACAUUCAGCCAAGCAGAGUCUAAAAUGUUAUUGAACUGAGAUGAACUGUUGUUGGUGAACAAAUCCACCAGGGGUUGUUAAUACCAUCUCAGAAUCUGCAUAUUGCAUAUCUUUGGAAAGAGGAUACAUAUUUUCACCAGAAUGAUGAUAAGAUGAGAAUGAUGGCAUCAUUUUGGAAGUUCUAACAGAUUUAAUGUUGAAGUUAAGGAGCUCUUUUUGCCUUAUGUUAACACAUCAGCCCCACAAGUGUUCAGUCUGUCUGUUGAUUUUACAGAGGUUGAUGCUGAAGCCCGGUGUGUGCAUAGUUAACAGCAUGUUUUACAGGAGCCAUCCCAGCCUGUUCUAAAAACACAAUUGGAUUUGAUUAUAGUCACCGUGCUUGGGUGGGCUUUACAGAGUGUACAAAUGAAGGGUGUUCAGAUGUAAUUUUUAUUUUCUUAUAGUGAUUUUUGUCCAGUUCAGCACCAGUUGUGUCACAUCUUCCUGACAUUCACUGAUUGUCCAGUUUAGAUUUGGCACCGUUACAUUACAUGACGUCACAUCCAGCUGGAUUCACCCCGCUCUCAGGGGCCGAACAUUCACCACUCGCAGGGCUUCCUUUGCCACAACAAUAUAACUACAGAUGUGUUUCAGUGUCGCUGUUGGUGUGUAACAAGAAGGAUCAUUUGUAGUGGGAUAAUAACUGACCUGAAACUCUGUACGUUUUAACUUUGACCAUGCAAUACACUGUAGUACAUCAUCAGUACUACUUGUUCCCCGUACUACAGGACACACACUGUAUCUAUCUAUCUGUUGGCUUUUUUGCAGUUUAUUUGUUAACACUGUCUGCAAAAGUAUGUUUGAAUGGCAACUCAGGUAACAAACAAUACUUAGGAGGGGAAUCUGUACUUGUACAUGUUGGGUUUUGGGUUGUUUUCUGGGAAUAAUUAACGCUCUGUACGACUGAUGUUUAGGCUUACUCACACACUGAUCUGAUCUGAUGUCAAUACGGGCCACAUGUUUCUUUUAUGUGAUGUAAGAGGAAAGACCUUUACAGAAAGAUGACAUUUGAACAGGCUUACAAAUUCAUGAUGACCACCACAUGUAAUAGCUCAUCAGUACCCACUGUAGUUUUUUUUUUUUUCUUUUUGUUUUCCUCCCAAAUACUGAAGUAGAUUUAAUUUCAGUGUGUGAACUUUAAAUAUUCCUGAUAAAGACAUUUGCACAACUGGCAAACAUGUGCCUGAAGAGGUCAAUUAUUCUAACAAACACGUUCUGAGAUAUUUUAAAAUCAGGAAAAAUGUUUGUUUUCCCAGCUCCACAUCCUCUUGUUACAUGUUUGAUAUAGAUGAGGGGAGGCCGGGGGAGUUAUCGUCAUCAAGAUCCUCACCUUUUUAAAUAACUUAUGUUGUCUGGAAGCACAGGAAAGUUGGACCAUAAAACUUUAAAAUGUUUUACGGACAACGUCCCUCUUACACAGCCUUUAAUCCACCUGUGUGAUCGCCUCCCUCCAAAAAAUGCCAAAACUCUGGUCAAAGGGGAUUUUUAAGAGAUGAUCGAAGCUCGAUAGUCAUGCUGUGGUGAAUAGACUUGCACGCUUCUCUAACUGGACUGUGUGUUUGAAAAAGAUUGAUUUAUCUCACUUCAUUUUUCUGGCACCAACAAACAGAUUAUCGAGUCUGGCACCGUUGGCCUCGCUUUGGGUUGUUUUUUUUGUUUAUUUCAUUUUCCAUUUGAAGAAAUUUUGACCAUGUACAGUAAUUUGUAAACUUGCAUCAAGUUUAUGAAUAAAGAAUUUUAAGGUUA